GGCUUUGUUUGGUGUUGCAGUUAAAAGAAACUUCCGGUUUCUGUCUGACAAAGGUUCCUCUUUGAGUCUGUUUGGGUGAAAUGUUACUCAAUCGCACUUGACAGCUGUUCACCUGUAUCUGCCUCUGUUAAGAGUUCAUUUACGGGCAGCGAUCCGGAGAUGAGACUCCCGUGGCCGAUGGUGACGCCCCACCCGGCUUCCGUACGGCGGGGAGCCUCCUCGGUCGCUGCCGGUCAGCUGAACUUCGUGCCCCCCUGCAGGACAACAGACGCGCGCUCUCUGGAGCUGCUGCAGGAGUUCGUCACGCGCGCCCGGCGCAUGCUCGUGAUCACCGGUGCGGGUCUGUCCACGGAGUCGGGCAUCCCGGACUACCGCUCGGAGGGCGUCGGGCUGUACGCCCGCACCGACCGGAGGCCCAUGCAGCAUGCGGAGUUCGUCCGCAGCGCGCGGUCCCGCCAGCGGUACUGGGCCAGAAACUUUCUGGGGUGGCCGCAGUUCUCCUCCCACCAGCCGAACCUGGCGCACAGAGCGCUGCGGCGAUGGGAGGAGGGGGGGAAGCUGCACUGGCUGGUCACGCAGAACGUGGACGCGCUUCACGGCAAAGCGGGACAGAAACGGCUGACGGAGCUGCACGGCUGCGCGCACAGGGUGGUUUGCCUGAGCUGCAGUGCUGUCACACCCAGGGAAGACCUGCAGGGAAGAUUCGUAGCCAUCAACCCAGAGUGGAGCGCUCAGGCCGGCGCCGUGGCUCCGGACGGGGAUGUCUUUUUAGAGGACGAGCAGGUGCUGAACUUCAGGGUUCCCUCCUGCCAGAACUGCGGCGGCAUACUGAAGCCAGAAGUCACCUUUUUUGGAGACACCGUCUCCAAAACCACCGUGGAGUUCGUCCAUGGCAGACUUGCAGAGUCAGACUCCGUACUGGUCGUUGGCUCCUCCUUGCAGGUGUAUUCAGGAUACAGGUUUUUACUAGCAGCCAGUGACAGAAAGCUGCCUGUCGCCAUCCUCAACAUCGGACCCACUAGAGCGGACCACCUGGCCAAGCUGAAAGUGAGCGGCCGCUGUGGAGAAGUCCUGUCAGCUGUUCAGCUCCUCUGAGGCCGUGGGAGUCAGAUCAUUUGGACUCUGUUAGGAAACACUACCUCUGUUAAAAUGGAGUCACAGUUUUCUGAAGGAAGCAGAGAGAAUGUAUGAAUCAAUCCUGUCUUAGUUAAAAAUGGACUUGGUGCUGUUACUUUUAAGACCUUGAUUUCCUGAAUUCUUUCUCAACGCCUCGAUCUCUGAGGCUCCGCCUUUCUCUCCUUGUGGGUGCCACCCAUUUCAUGACAUCAUCCUAGAGUCGGCCUCAGCAGUGUGUCUGCCUUUCCCCCACCAAAACAAACAUUUGAACUUCUACAAAGAUGGACGUGCGUAUUGUGCUUAUACAGGGAAAGGGUUGAGCUGAUCACCCACAGAGAAAGUGGGCGUGUGUGUUAGUCUGGGGGUGGGGCUGGCAGCGCAGACUCUUCCUGGAAGGGGCUGUUCUCACUGGUCUACGUCGGCUUUCAGAAGCGGUGUGUUUUCGUGGAUUGGGAGGGGCUGGUGCUCAGAAAGCAGGUUUAUAUAGGAAUACUCAGAAAGAUGUGACUGGAUCAAAAUA